AUGUCUUCAGGCAAUUCGGUCCGCUCGACGGUCACUCCCUAUCUGAUUUACCUCGUCUUCGUCGUCACCUUAGGACCGCUACAGUUCGGCUACCACCUGGCCGAACUCAACGCCCCCCAAGAUGUCAUUACGUGCAAACGAAAGACCAUCCACUCGUCCGCAAACUCCAUCGCUGAUGCCCUACCGCAAUGCAUCCCCAUGAACCCAUUCCAGUUCGGCCUGGUUUCCUCCAUUUAUACCCUCGGUGGCUUCUUAGGUGCACUGCUGGCCGGUCCCAUUUCCACCAAACAUGGUCGCUUGUUUGCCUUACGUGCUACCACCGUCUUCUUUGUCCUGGGCCCCAUCGCGGAGACGCUGGCGGCCAGUAUUCCCGUGCUGAGUCUGGGUCGAUUGUUGUCCGGGGUGGGCGCCGGCGCCGCCAUUGUCGUCGGUCCCAUCUACAUAUCAGAGAUCGCCCCUCCCGGGGCUAGAGGCUUCUUUGGAGCCUUCACCCAGAUCAUGACCAACGUUGGGAUCCUGCUGACCCAGUCUCUCGGUUAUUUUUUGAGCGAAGGCAAUAUGUGGAGACUUAUUCUAGUAGUCGCUGGGGCGAUCGGUGGGCUGCAGUUCCUUGGUCUUUGUGUAGUUCCCGAAAGCCCUACCUGGCUUGCGGAGCAUCAGCAGGCGAACCUUGGGCGGAAGAUUCUUCAGCGGAUCCGGGGGAAGAAUGCUGAUAUCCAGGAAGAAAUGGAGGGCUGGAGGAGCGCCGAAGCUCCUCAACCCGAUUCCGCAGAGGAGCAAUCGCUCCUCACUCCACCCUCGGGCAAUCUGCCUCCAAAACAGCCACCCUUGACUAUGGUGCGGGCAGUUACUGACCCUUACUAUCGUCCUGCCAUCGUGGCGGUUGUUGGAGUCAUGAUCGCGCAGCAAUUCACGGGAGUCAAUAGCAUCAUUAUGUAUAGCGUGUCCCUCCUGCAGAGUAUCCUGCCGACGACUGCAGCUUUGUUGACUGUGGUGAUCUCGGGCAUCAACCUGGUUAUCACUCUGGCCUGCUCUCCAUUACCCGACAAGAUCGGCCGGCGUGCCUGUUUGCUCCUCAGUAUCAGCGGAAUGGGAUUCAAUUCCAUGUUGCUGGCGCUGGGGAUUUAUUUCAACCUGAAGGCGUUGUCUGCGAUUGCCGUCCUCCUGUUCGUUGCGUCCUUUGCGGUUGGUCUUGGCCCCGUUCCUUUCAUCUUGGCGUCGGAGCUUGUUGGCCCUGAAGCCGUGGGUGCGGCGCAGAGCUGGGCUCUUGCGGCUAAUUGGAUUGCUACCUUCAUCGUGGCCCAGUUCUUCCCCAUGUUGAAUGAAUAUCUGGGUAGAGGCAAGAUUUACUGGCUUUUCGCCGCCAUGGCCCUUGUCCUUGGGGGUUUCAUCUAUGCUCGGGUGCCCGAGACUCGAGGCAAGGCCAGCGUUGACGAAGUAUGGGGAAGGGAAGAUCGGCGACGAGUGGACUAG